AUGCGGACAGUGACGAACUUUUUCUUAGCUAACCUGGCCGUGGCCGACCUCACCAUGUGUGUCUUCAACUGUGCUUUCAAUCUCGACUACAUGCUCCACAAAGAUUGGAAGUUUGGAAAACCGUACUGCAUAGUAAACAACUUUAUGGGACUGUACACGGUUGCAACAUGUGUAUUCUCUCUCGUAGCGCUUACUCUGGAAAGGUACUAUGUUGUAAUGUAUCCGUUGCGAAGACGACCAACAAAAUCAAUAGCUGUUUGCGGCAUUCUAGUCAUCAUGGCGUUCUCUGCGCUAAUCUGCCUCCCCUCCCUGCUCUACUCUAAACUUGGCACCAUUGGGGACGAUACUUCUGGAAAGAGCACUGUGUGCUUCCUCAUGUGGCCUGACGGUUUGCCAUUCCAAUCCACUAUAGACUUCUGGUACAAUGCUUUCUUUUUAAGCAUCACCUACCUAGUUCCGGUUGUUCUAAUGGGGUUCUGUUACACCCAAAUUGGAAUCAAGCUGUGGGGUUCAGAUGCAAUCCUUCAUCAAACUAGUGUUUCUAAUCCAGCUCUUUCCAGGCUUCAGGAGAAAAAAAGAAAGAUUGUAAAGAUGAGUUUGGUUGUUGUUGUACUGUUUGCUGUUUGUUGGCUACCCUACCAGCUGUACUUCCUUCUCAUUUACCUACUGCCAGCUCUGCAUGUAAAAGUCUGGCUUGACGAUGUGUAUCUCAGUGUCUACUUCUUGGCAAUGUCAACUGCCCUCAUCAACCCUGCAGUCUACUACCUCAUGAACAGAAAAUUUCGCAACUACUUCCACAGAGCCAUGUGCUUACAUCUCUGCAAUCAAAACAGGGCCACCUCACCUGCAGUAGAAAGCAAUGCAAACACAACGCGGCAAAUAGUUAGGGGGAUUUCAACAGAUGUAAGAAUCACAAGUAUGACCCAGGUUGAUCGUAGUGGCGUUAACAUACACAGAUUGAAUAGAUCUAAUGCUGUCACCUCAUUCCACUUUCUACCUCACAAUACCAGGGCUACGCAACAUCUGGCAGCUACAUCUCAUAUUGAGCUGACAACCUUUAACAGUUCAAGAAGUGAAAGAAGCUCAAGAAGUGAAAGGAGCUUUAGAAGUGGAAACUGUGGGAGUGUUGAGGCUGAAACUGCUUUAUGAAUAUCUAAAGCCUAAAGACAAAACUAGCAGGGUAUACAUUUUCUUAAAAAAGACCCAUCCUUCUCUUUAUCAACAUUUGUUGAAGUUUUAUAUUUGCUUGAUUUAUUCACUUCAGUUUCCAAAAAUAAAUUGAUUUAUUCACUUCAGUUUCCAAAAAUAAAUUGAUUUAUUCACUUCAGUUUCCAGA